AUGAAGUUUUUGCUAAUCGUAAUUUUAAUUAUUUUCGAAGUUUCUGCGAUUCUAAUCAAUCAGUGUUACACAUCUGGCUCGAAUUGUAUCACUUUUCAAACUGCACAAUUUCAAUAUUCGAAUAGUGUUCAAAUAAAUUCGACAAGUUUUCCGUAUUUGGAUGGAACUUCGGAUACAUCUUCAAGAAGUAAAUUGAGUGAAUUAUUGGGACAAUUGGUCUUGCAGAAAAAUGUAUCAAUCGCAGCAUUGGUGGGUUUGGAUUUUUGAAAACAAAAGAUCUGACUUCAAAUUCCAGGUGAUUCACGCUGGUGACAAUAACACAAUCCAGUGGAAAAUCUCCCCCAACGAUGAUUCUGAACAUCCAAUCGAAGUCAAAAAUAGCAUCGAAUUCGCACAAAACAUCGAUAAUUCUUCGGUUUAUUGUUUUGAUGGUUCGGAAUUCACCGAAGAUCCUGAUCGCGUAGGGAUUUUUUUUUGAAUGUUAUUUUUCCAGUAACUUAAAAAUUUUUUUUCAGAUUUUGAUAAUACCUCCUGAAUAUCAGUUUUUCUACACAAAAACAGUCUCAAGUAUAAGUUGUUUACACAGUUCUUUGGUGGUUUUACCGUUUGUUUGGGACCAGUUGAGUAGAUCUGGAAUUCGGGGAGCUUCGUAUUUUUCGUAUACAAAUUGUACAAAGGUUAGAUUUUUUUUGGCUUUGAAGGUGGAGUCUAAACCACGCCUUGAGGACUUUUCAUAUGUUAAUGAGCCACUACUCGAGGGCUUUUUAUGUGCCUAGGAGAAUCCCCUUAAGGGUUUUUCAUAUGCAAAGGAGCCACGCCUUGAUGGCUUUUCAUAUCUCAAAAAACCAUGCCUUGAAAGUUUUUCAUAUGUCAAGGAGCUAUGCUUAGAGGGUUUUUCAUAUGCCAAGGAGCCACGCAUUGAGGGCUUGCUUUUCAUAUGCCAAGGAGUCACUACUUGAGGGCUUUCUGUGUGUCAAGGAACCACUCCUUGAGAGCUUUUCAUAUGUCAAGCAGCCACGCCUUGAGGGCUUUAUGUUUGACAAGGAGCCACACCUUAAGAGCUUUUCAUAUGCCAACAAGCAACAUCUUAAGGGCUUUUCAUAUCACAAGGAGCCAUGCUUUGACGGCUUUUCAUAUCCUAAGGAGCCACGCCUUCAAGGCUUUCCAUAUGCCAAGAAGUCACUCCUUGAGGGCUUUUCAUAUGUCAAGGAGCCACGCCUUGAAGGAUUUUAAUAUUCCAUGCGGUGUCCAAAGUAAAAAAUAUAACAAAAAAAUGCGAAAAUAUACCGUUCAAAGUUUAGCUAUCUGCGUCUCUCGAGUAUACAUACUAUUUCUCUGUUUCGUGUCUGCGUCUCUCGAAUAAGACACACUAUUUCUGUGGUAUGUAUUCCGAAUAUAAGACGAGCUUUGUAUAUAUUCUCGCAUUUUUUGCUAUAUUUUUUACUUUGGACAUCGCACCAAGGAUCUACGCCUUGAGGGCUUUUCAUAUGUCAAGCAGCCACUGCUUGAAGGAGUUUCGAAGUUUUAUUCACCAACAAAAUGUAUGUUAUUCAGGAUUGUGUCAGUAUUCCCAUCUCAUCAAGUUUGGUUCAACUAUGUCCAGUGGAUACAAAAAAGUUUGUCAUCUCCAAUCCUUUUUUUUCUCAAAAUUUUUUCCAGUGUUCCUCAAGUCAAAAUCGAUAUCCUCAAUGAUUUCACAAUUGAAAUGACUGAUGAUCUUCUUGGUUUCACUGUCAAACGAGUCAACAAAAAUCUUUCGUUUCCAAUGGGAAUCGUCGAUUGUUCGAGUUUCAUGGAGAGUUCCAAUAUUUUUGGGGACAAUGCGAUUUGCCUUGGUGAUGGUGAAAAUGUGGCAAUUAAAUUUGGCAAAAAUCCAAAUAUUUCUGUUUUACAAGAAAUGAAGACAAAGUGAGUUUUUCUGUUUUUUCUGGAUCUACCUGAAUACCCGACUUCCAGACUCUCUGCAAAAUCUGCGUUCAUAAAAUAUUCAACAAAUUCCGUUUUUCCGAAUUUCACAGUCUCCCAUCAAUCUGAAAUCGCAUCGUGUGCGAAAACUGCAAAAUUCGAAGUGAAGCAGAUUUCUGGAAAUGGGUUUUUACCUUUAACCUUCGAAUGGACGGUUCUAAACGGAACGGAUGAUAUGAAAAAUCUGGCUAGCAAAACAAAUGAUCGAUUGUUACAAGUUCCCAGAGACUACGUGAGACUAGAUUUUCCUUUUUUUUUGUUUUUCAAAAGUUUUUUUUUUCAAAAAACAAUUUUCUUUUCAGCUCUCUUCUCAAAACACAGUAAUUGUAAAAGCUUGUAACAUUGCUGGAAAAUGCACGACAAGUGAUUUUCUAAUCACUGAACUCGUCGAUGAUAGUUUCGUAUUUUCUGUGAAAAUUGAUGGAUAUGAACAUGAAACUCCAACAUCUUUCGGGUUGAAAUUGCAUGCGAAUCCGAAUUUUCAACGGUGUAAUGAUAGCUUGCUUCCGAAAGAUGUACAGUAUGAAUGGCAGAUUAAUGGAGAAAGCAAAUCGACUGAUGAUGGCAUAAAGUUACCAGUGAGUUAGGCUUUUUAGCCGGCCCUCAAGUUUGAAGCCUACAGCUUCUCAAGCCCGAUUUUGUUUCAGGCCUUCCGUUAUGGCAUCGAAGAAUAUGUCAAUGUCACAUUGAUUGCCAGAUAUAAUGGAGAGAAAUAUUAUUCAUCUAACGAAUCAAAAACAAUUCAUGUAAGUCUAAAGACCUUAAGGUCCUUAUGCUUAAUUUUUACCCCUUCCCUUGAUUCCAGUAUGUUGGACUUCCUUUGCUUGUUUCACUUGAUUGUGUUCAAAAACAAAUUGGUUUGGAUCGAGAUUUGACAAUUUAUGCGAACGCAAAUGAUCAGAAUGAGAAAAAUGCCAACCUUGAAUAUAAAUGGAGUUGUGUACUUCUCAAUGGUUAGUCUACAUGAAAAAAAUAAAAUAAAAAUUAAUCUGGAAUUUUCAGAAACUCUGAAUGAUUGCGAGUUCAACAAAGUGAAUUGGGAUAGAUCAUAUUUGUAUAUUUCUGCCGCGAAACUUAAACAUAAUCAGAAUAAAAGUAUGAAUUUCACGGUGAAUGUGACAUCUGGAAAUUCAUCUGAUAGCUCGUCUUGUGUUGUUACUGUUGCGCCUUCAAAUCUUCCCGAUGUUUCGUUUUAUCGAUUGGCUGAAAAUAAGCAAAAUGUGAAUGAUUAUAUAAGGUAAGGCAAAUUUGGAAGAAAAUUUCAGAAGAAAUAUUUUUUCGAAACUUUUUUUCGCGUCCCCGAAAUCCAUUCGGAACAAUACCUGUUGAAAUUUGAUUUCAAAAUGGGCAAAUUUUCUUGGCGCCAAAAUCUACAGUAAUCCUAUUUACAGAAUUCAAGCAGUUGUCCAGUCAUCUUCAUCAAUGAUAAAUUUAACUUGGGAAGUUGUGCGCGAUUCUAACUAUGGCUAUUUCAACAUCUCAUCAAUUUUAACUAAUCCCACAACAAUUAUUGAAAAUCUCCCAUCGGAUGCACAAAUCGCGGUAUCACUCACAAUCCCUCCAGCAUCAUCUGAAAAAUUUGAAUGGCUUGGAUUGUUGACUGGAAAAACAUUUGUUAUACGAUUAUGGGCGACUGAUCAAAAUGGUGCUUCAUUUUCUGAUCUUUUUUUAUACACAAAUUCUCCUCCCACUCUUGGAAAAAUUGAUGUUUCAUAUGAUGAACCGGUAAUUGCUCUUGAAACUGCUCUGAAAUUCUCUGUUGGCGAUGGUUGGAAUGAUGAUAAAGAAGAUCUACCGUUGAGUUAUCAAUUCGGGUUUAAGACUCAUUUUGAGAAUAAUGUAACAUCAGAAUUCUGGCUAACAAAGAGUACUGUAAAGUCGAUUCAAUUUUAUUUCUCAUCAGGUAGGCUUUUAAAAAUUUGAUAAAAAAUCUUGGAGAAUUUUAUAGCUGGUGAUACUACCCAAAACCUCACAGAUGCUUGUGAACAGCGAAUUGGGCAUACUGCUUUGCUGAAAGUUUGUGAUCGCUUAGGAUCUUGUGUCACAGGAGAAUCUGACAUUAUAACAGUUGAAAAACCAUCAAAUACAACAGUCGCUGUUUCAUAUUUGAUGAGUUUGAUAAAUGAUGAUGUGAUAAAUGCAAAUAUGAUAUCUGCAAUCGCAAAAAUCCAUUCAUUAAAUCAAGAAUUAUGCACAAAUGAUUUUGAUCAUUCAUUAAGUGACAAAGUUAUGCUUCUUCUUUUCGAUUCACUUUCUCAAACAAACGAAAGUUCUGAAUAUCUUGAAGCUAUCAAAGCUGGAAAUCUAUUAAUGCCAGUUGUCUCAAGUGAAAUAUUAUCAUCUGUUAUGAAUGUUCUCUCUGAAUAUCGUAAAAUAUCCGGGCAUUUUACGUCAUCAAGUGGUACAAGAGCAAAACGAGCAGUUGCAACAGCAACCACUGAAGAAUCCACAACUUUGGCAACAACUACAAAAACCUAUAAAGCUACAGAAUCUGAGGUUUGAUAAUUAUUCACAAUUAAUUAAAAAAAAAUCAAUUUCCAGGCGAAUGAUUUGCUGAAAGUAUACGAUAUCCUGAUCGUCAAAGAUAAACCUGUGAUUGAUGUCUAUUUCUUGAAUAUCAACGAUUUCCUUACUGGAUUUUGUGUUCAAUUAGAUGAAAGUUCUGAUCGUAUAAUGUCAGCAAAUGGUUCAGGCUACACAUCAAUUCAAAGUCAAAGCGUCAAUCCAAAAUCGAAAAAUUACACGGGAAACUUCUAUAUCAGUGGAACUGUCAGAACAAACAUAGAAUUUUCCGAUUAUUUUUGAUUCAUAUUUCCAAUAUUGGAAAUGCGGCACAACAACUUGCCAACAUGUUUGUCUUGGUUCCGCGUGGAUUAAUGGAACUUCGAUUUAUGAUAACUCUUAUAUGAAUACAUAUUUGUUUUCAGGGGUUUCAGAAUUGAAUUCUAAUCGAUCAGUUUCAGAUCUCUAUCAGGUAAGAAAGGGACAACUGAUCUUUUAAACAUAUUUUCAGAUAACCCUCAUUUUCAGAUCAGCCUUAUUGAUCCAGUUUCCGGAACAUUAGUGACUAUUUCUAAUGGACAAAUAUUGUACACAGUUGAUAUUCUGGUAACCAAUUAUAAACCAAUUUAUUACUAUGAUGUGAGUUUGCUUUAGAUUCUUCUUCAGAUUCUGUAAUGAUUUUUUAGUGUGUGAUUUUCAACCAACAUGUGGGAUGGGAUGCAACACUUUGUGAAAGUUCGGAAUACGCUUUUACAAAACACAGCAACACUUUUAUUAGAUGUAAUUGUUCAUCGCCAGGGAUUAUUGGGUGAGGAUAUAUGAUAUCAGGGCUGGAAUUUCUGGGUUUAAUCAGCAAGAUUUUAAUGUCAGCUCAGCUGAUAGUUUCACCGCAGCUAAAAAUAUACUGACCCAUUUUUUUUUAAAUUUCCGUUUCAGAAUUCAAAAAAAAAUUAGAAAUUACAAAAAUUUUGUUGCAAAAUGAUGAAUAGGAUUUUUGAACUGCCAAAACUUAUUAUAUUCCAACAUAAAACUGAAUUUUCUCCAGAGUUUUCAAUGUGAAUGCUCCAACUCCGGAUCCUCUCCCAGACCACAAUGAGAUCUCAAUAACUAUGGUCAUUGAUGUUGAUGUUUCUUCCGAUGAUCUAGCCAAACUUUUCAUCAGAAUCGCACAGCUUUCUGAAGUUGAUGUCUCGUGAGUUCUUAUACAGGGUGACCUCAAUUUUUCAAUUUUUUUCUUGAAACAGGAGAUUUGUGAAAAUAUCGAAUAAAGGGAAUCGAACAAUAUCAGCAACUUUGCGUCCACCUUAUAAAGUUGGUCAGAAAUCGAAUAGUUAUUCGAUUCAGGCAAUCGCGAGGACUAUUAGAUAUCAAAAAUUGUUGAAUGUGAUAACAGUGACCAGUUUUAGUUAUCAGGUUGUUACAAGAAGUAAGUAAGAAAACGAAAUUUUGAAAACGAAUAAUCAAAAAAAAAUCUUGCAGAUCUAACCGGGGACUCAAAUGCAAGGAAAAUCACAAUGAGUUUAUAUCGCUCGUAUUUAUCACAACUCGGAACGGAUUCCGAUGACAUUGCUAAAAAAUGGACACAAUCAAUUGCAACAGCUUUUCAGAUUUCGGAAUAUCGAUUUAAAAAUGCGAAAAUAUUUUUUGGAAUUGUUUUCAAUUUCACAAUUACUGUUGCGAUGAGCGAUGAAGUUCAGCCAUUGACAGCUGAUGAAAUUGCGUUGAUGAUUCAAGAAUGUUCAAAGUAUGGAGAAUUAGAUUUCACAAUUUCUGAUGAAAUUGUGCAAGUUAGUCAACUUCAGGAUAAUGAGAUAAUCAAACUUGUUGUGAUAACUGGUAAGUAUUCCGAGGUAUUACCUGAAAAUUCAUAUUUUUUCAGAAACCAACGCGCUCAUGCUGGCUCUAGUAAUUGUGCUAUCUGCAGUUCUAGGUUUUGGCACACUUCUCAUCGGAGGUGCAGUCAUUAUUAAACUAAAAACUGAUAAACUUAUUGAAGAGGUAGGUGGAAUCACUAUUUUGAAUAUGACGUCAAAAAAAAAUAAAAUUUCAGGAGCGACGCAGAGCAAUUUUGAAUGAGCAAUUUCAUCAUCCACCGCCAGAAUAUGGAAAUUCUGAAAACUCAUACAAUUCUGAAUAUACACAUCGGCGUGUGAGACAGCAGAACUAUUAA